AUGGACGGUGGUGGGAUGUCUUUGGAAUAUGGCAUACAACGGUAUCCUAUUUGUGGUCCUAUGCAAAUGCCUCCAAGACAAAUUCCGUCUGCUUCGACUACAUGCUCUGCAUUUUCGCCGCCUAACUUUCCUCCAAUCUCACCACUUUUUAUGCCAUCAGAGAUGGCAAGUGGUCCGCAGUAUACCAACGAACGUAUAUCUCGGUGCAUUGCAUCAAACGCUGUCACCGCUUACGCCACGUCGUGCGCUGCUGCUCGUUCUAUUAACAAUCCAUUUGUUGCAUCGCUUCCACCGGGGAUUUCGCAGAAGCGGAUUCAUUAA